AUGCCACCAAUUUUUCCAUCCGCUCUUCCAUUCACGCCUCUGCUUCGUCUCUUUAACCAAAUUACCAAACCCGUCAUUUUUAAUACUUAUUCCCACAACUUUUCCAGAACCCGUACCACACUUUCUCUCAUAAACCCGUCUACCGCCACAUCGCUCCCUUCUGUCCUUUCCUCGACUCCUGUCGACGUUUCCUCUGCUGUUCAUGCAGCACAGAAAGCGUUGCACGGCAACUGGGGACAAUUAUCCGGUGCAGAAAGGAGAGAAGUAUUGAGAGACAUUGCAGAUGCAAUCGAAAAGCGUUUAAAAGAUUUUGUACAAGUGGAAAUUACAAAUGCGGGAAUGGUAAAAAAGGAUGCGAUAGAUGAAGUUAACGAAGCGGUAGAGUGUUUUCGCUUCUUCGCAGGAUAUGCCGACAAGCGUUAUGGUACAUCCUAUUCUGCACUCUCUCGUAUUUACCACUCUUACAAGGUCCCUUCUCCAUAUGGUAUCACUGCAUUGAUCACUCCUUUUAAUUAUCCUCUUCUUCUUGCAUGCUGGAAACUGGCCCCCGCAUUAGCUUGCGGUAACACAGUCCUCCUCAAACCCGCACCACAGACUCCGUUAGCUGCGUUGUUGUUGGGCAAGGUUAUUGAGGAUGUUGGUGUAGACAAGGGAGUCGUAAAUGUAUUGCCUGGAGGUAGAGACGUUGGGCUGGAAGUGGUGAAGAAUGAACACGUUAAAAUGGUUAGCUUUACCGGAAGUCUCAAAGGAGGGCGAGAAGUCUUGAGAACGAUAGGAAAUGAAGAUGAAAAUUCAACACCAAAGAGCAUAUAUGGGUCACGCGUUAACCACUCGAACGCAAUGGAAUUCACUAAACCGACGGCAACCCUAAAAAAAAUGCUCUUAGAAUUGGGCGGAAAUGCUCCCUUGAUCGUCUUCCCGGACGUAGACUUGUCAGCCGCGGUCGAAGACGUUAUAAUGGCAUCCUUUUCCAAUGCAGGGCAAAAUUGCUGUGCUGGAAAGCGUCUCUACAUCCACCAAGAUGUCUAUUCAAAGUUUCUCGACAAACUUUACGAUCGCGUAAAAUCCCUUCGUGUCGAUAAUGCAGACAAAGAAGAUACUGAAGUAGGACCUGUUAUCAGCGAAACUGCUCUUAAUGAGAUUGUUGAAUGGGUUGAGAGGGAAAUAGAGGCGAAAAAAGUCGAGGUCAUUUACGGCGGAAAAAGAAUGGAGAGAAAGGGGUUUUUCGUAUAUCCGACAUUGUUAAAGCCGACAACCAAUGAUGCGAACGUGGGAUACGACGCAGGUGAAGUAUUCGGACCCGUUCUGACGGUAAUGUCUUUUCGUUCAAUGGAAGAGGUCGUCGCAUCUGCCAAUUUGUCGGGAUAUGGAUUAGCGGCUGGUGUAUGGACGAGCGAUUUCGCACGAGCAGAAUAUUGUAUCAGCAAAUUAAAUGCAGGCGUAGUUUGGGUUAAUUGUUAUAAUGCUACACAUCCUUAUUUGUGUUUUGGUGGGAUGGGAAAUAGUGGUUUUGGAAGGGAAUUGGGUGUAGAAGCGAUGAAGGAAUAUUCGGUGCUGAAGAGCAUCUGUGUCAGGAGGGGGAAAUUGUAA